UGACAGCAGACGUCAAAAAUAUGAAGUUGGUUUUGCUGCCGAUGUUGUGAUUAUUUCACAUUGUGAAAUCGUAGUAAAAUACGAUAAAAAUAGUACCUAGAAUUCGAACUGCGGCAAUAGAUUUUAAUUUUGCUAUGUGUUAAACUUUCAGGAUAUAAACUAUCGUUGUUUUGUUCUCAUAGUAAACUGCGCAAGUUUCAAAAAUGUUGAGUAUCUCGCAACUUUGUCGCUGCGCCCAGCCACUAAGGGCAAUGCAGAGUAAGCUGGUAGUAUCUGCGACUAGAAAUGGCUUCAGCUCCAGCAAAAUGAUCACCAGACAGCUGUACACACCAAUGAAAAGUGGAAACAGUAACAAAAUCGGUUUUAGAAUAAAAGAGCUGUUGAAGUCAAACCAAAUCGCUGUCCGUCUGUGUGCCAGCGCCCCCAAGCCACAGACGUCCAAGGUGGUCGGCUACUGGCUGCUGGGCUGCAGCGGAAUGGUCUUCACAGCGGUCGUGCUAGGAGGAGUAACACGACUGACCGAGUCUGGGCUGUCGAUGGUGACGUGGAAACUCUUGGGCGAAAAGCUGCCGACAACAGAAGAGGAAUGGCAGCGCGAAUUCGAGAAGUACCAGCAGUUUCCAGAGUUCAAAUACAAGAACCAGAACAUAACACUCAACGAGUUCAAAUGGAUCUGGUGGAUGGAGUACGCACACCGCACGUGGGGCCGCGCUAUAGGGGCCUGUAUGUUCCUGCCCGCCGCCUUCUUCUGGGCGCGCGGGUACCUGGACAAGGCCAUGAAGAUCAGGGUGGGGGUGUACUGUGCCCUGGUGGCUGCACAGGGCCUAAUGGGCUGGUACAUGGUAAAGUCGGGCCUAGAAGACCGCUUCCAAGGCCCGUCAGACGUGCCGCGCGUGUCUCAGUACCGACUCGCGGCGCAUCUGUCGCUGGCCUUCGUGUUAUACUCGGGGCUGCUGGCCGGAGCCCUGCGGGUGCUGCGCCCCUUCCCAGCUGGUGGGGUGGCGCAGAAACUCAAGGGGUUGAAGGGCAUGACGGCGUUAGCGCAUACCGUGAAGGCUAUGGCUUUCUUUACCGCUGUUUCUGGUGCAUUCGUGGCUGGCCUAGACGCGGGUCUAGUCUACAACUCGUUCCCAAAAAUGGGCGACGACUGGUUACCUCCCGACAUCAUGUCAUUCCAGCCGCCCGUGCGAAACUUCACCGAGAAUCCCACCACUGUGCAGUUUGACCAUAGAGUGCUGGGGACUUGUACCCUUAUAGCGGCCACUUGUUGCUGGUUAAUGGCUAAGAGGGCGCCACUUUCGCCUGCUGCGAGGAGAGUGGCUACCGCUGUUGGAGCUAUGGCGUGGCUUCAGGUGUCGCUGGGCAUCGCAACGCUUCUGACCUACGUGCCCACACCACUCGCCGCGUCGCACCAGUCGGGCUCGCUGCUGCUGUUAACACUGGCCAUCUGGCUCACGCACGAGAUCAAACUGCUCAAGUACAUCCCCAAGUGAUGGCCGCGUGUUCCACACUAAAGCCCGGUCCGUGAGCACGUAGAAUUUUGUCCAAUGACCCCUAGCUACCCAUCCUUAUCGC